AUGACAUGGAAGAGACCAGCAACGGCCCUCGUCGCGGCGUUCGACGUGGCCCUCGCCAUAGGCCUCGGCGCCUGGACGGCAAUCAACCCCCUCCGGGCGUUCGGUGAGUCGAACCAGCGUGAGUCGGCCGCGUGCUCGCUGCGACUACAGUACGGCACUGACUUGUCGCCCUUUUUUGCUGCUGCAGAGUCCAUGGCGCUCGUGGCUAUUCUGCAGCUCGUGCUGGCCGUGCUGUUUCUCCUGCUUGGCCCCGUAUUCCUUUAUGCCGUCGUGCAUGCCGUCAUGCGGAAUGAAAAGGCCGACCUGUGGCUCCGCUUCUUCACCGUCAUCCCCGUGCUGCUCGUCGCGGCGUGCUGCAUCGUGCUGCGCUUCGUCGGCAAGCACCUCAUCCAGUCGCAGUGCAUCCACUACUUUGAGCAUGAUGCGGAUUGGGGGCCGAGUCGCUGCCACCACUUCUGGCUACGCGACACCAUCAUCUACACUGUAUCAUGCGGAGUUCUCGUCUUUACAAGUUUCUUUAUAAUCUACUACUACGCCCACGUGCACCGCCGCGCCGUCAACCAGCAGCAGGUCGACAUGUGGAUCACCAAGGCCGCCGAGCAGCGCGACCGCGAGCUCGGGCUGCCAGAAGUCAAGCUGCAGCGGCGGAAGAGCGAGAAGGGUGACCGGAUGCGCGCGGCCGCGCCGUCCCCGGCACCACAGCUGCCGCCCAUCCCGCGCGUCUACUCGGUCGUGGCAGGCUCGACCGCCACGCUCGACCUGCAGAGCCGGCACCUCGCGCACAUGCAGACGAGCCGGCUGAACCCCAACCACACAAUGGUCACGGCGGCGGGCGCCAGCGGGCAGAAGUACAGCGAGAACCCCAAGCUGUUCCCGUACCCCGAGAGCUCGAGCGGGCACUCUGACGCGGCGGUCCGCUCGCCCACGCUCUCGAGCUUCACGGCGAGCGGCAGCAUCCAGCACCACCAGGCCCACCACUACAACUACCGCCCCGUCGACCUGCCGUACCACUACCCCUACCGCUACGGCGGGUACGGCCAGGGCCCGAGCCUGGCCGCGCUCAGCCAGCACGUCACCGAGAGCUCGGAGUGGGAGGAGGGGCUGGUGGACGAGUAUGGCGCCACGCGCGGCGGGCGGGAUCCGAGGGAUAGCGAGGUCGGACGGGCACUGUAG